GUCGUGAAUAAAAUUCCACAAAGCCCCCCUCUCUCUGUCGAGAGCUGGAUGAAUUGCCAAAGUUCCUUACUGUCAGCAGCAUGGAUUCCCAGAAGAAAAACAUUCACGACCUGGAACACGCAGGAGAGAUAUGGAGAGAGAACCCCGAGACCUCGAGUCCUGGGCAGGUCAACAUUGUCGUCGAUCUGCGAGAGAAGAGCCUCGUCUGGAAGCAAGACCUACGAAUCGUGCCUUUAUGCGCCUUUAUAUAUCUUCUCUGCUAUCUCGACCGAUCGAAUAUUGGUAACGCCAAAAUCCUCAACGCAGACACCCACAACGACCUCUUAUCUGAAACGCACAUGACAUCCUAUCAAUAUACAAUCGCUCUCAUGGUGUUCCUAAUCGCGUACGCGCUGUUUGAAGUCCCCUCCAACUACUUCCUAAAGAAGCUCCGGCCGAGUAGAUGGAUUGCGUUCUUGAUGUUGUGCUGGGGAGCGAUCUCUAUGGGUCUGGGCGGAGCACAGAACUAUGCCCAGGUAACGGGAAUUCGAUUUCUGCUUGGCGUUAUGGAAGCCGGUCUCUUCCCCGGGUUCGUCUACUACCUCACCUUCUGGUAUCGCAAUUCAGAGCGCUCUAUCCGUGUCGCCUUGAUUCUCGCCUCGGCAACGCUAGCAGGAGCCUUUGGGGGCGCAAUUGCCUACGGGGUGGGCCAUAUGAACGGGGCGUCCGGUCUGUCGAGCUGGCGGUGGCUAUUCAUCCUCGAGGGAACACCGUCAUGUGUGUCUGCCGUUUUUGUCUGGUUCUUUCUCCCCGACUACCCGGAGUCUGCGCACUGGCUUUCCCCGGAGGAAAAGGCCCUGGCUCUCGCCCGUCUACAGGGUGAAGGGUCUAAGGGCGAUGCGCAUGCCAUGACCUGGCAGGAUGCAAAGGAAGUCUUGACUGACUGGCGGCUCUACGCCCACUACGCAAUCUACUUUGGCAUUUCGACUCCGUUUUCGAGUCUCUCACUAUUCACCCCCUCGAUCAUCGCCGGGCUGGGAUAUACCGACCUACGCGCACAGCUGAUGACCGUUCCACCAUACGCGGUGGCGUAUGUAGUGACGAUUGUCGUGGCGUGGUGUGCCGACCACUUUGAUGCUCGUGGUCUACACUCUGCCGUGUUUGCAUUUAUUGGAGCGAUGGGGUUUCUGGCUUCGGCUCUUCUGCCGGCCGAUGCUUAUUUACAUCGAUAUGGCUGCCUCAUCGUCGCAGCCAGCGGAGCAUUUGCAUGUAUUCCCCCUCUGCUGGGAUGGCUCUCGUCGAACCUCAUCUCGACAGCAGGAACAGGACUGGCGAUCGCGCUAAACGUCUCGGUGGGAGCCCCCGGGCAGAUAGUCGGGGUCUGGAUCUACAAGAGCGACGAGGCUGAUAAAGGGUAUCCGACGGGACACUGGACGAACGCGGCGUUGCUGCUCUUUGUGAGUGGGGGGUGUGUGUUGUUGCGCGGGUAUUACGGGUGGAGGAAUCGGAGGGGAGGCAGAUUUGUUUAUUAGUACGAUAGCAAGUGGUACUCCGUAUACUAGAUGGUAAGAAGAAUAUCUUAUGAUCUACAUAAUAGUAUACUGUACAUCGAUUCUAGAUCGAGUUAUUUGUUG